ACUAUACAAUUCAACAACAUAUAUACAUCAAAGUGUUCUUCAACUUCCCCUUUACAUUCAUAGCAUUUCUGUGUUUUCCAGUUGUUGUCUUGUUGAUCACGUUAAUGAGUCAUAACGGGGCGGUUAAACUGUCCGGGACGCUGCUAAGGCAGCUCCGACCGUCGAUUUUCUCCAUGUCAUCGUCCUACGGGAUCGGCGCCGGCAGAGGAAUCGGAGUCCUGAGGGUUCCGACGCCGGAGAUUCGGUACUGGAGCACGGUGGCAAGCGAAGAGAAGAAAUCAACACAGCCGCCGGCGGGUGACGGUGAGGGAAAGGCCGUUGAUAAUAAUAAGGUUGUGGUUAGCAGUUACUGGGGGUUGACUCCACCUAAGGUUUCUAAGGCAGAUGGGUCUCCAUGGAGGUGGAAUUGCUUUAGGCCAUGGGAGACGUACACGGCAGAUGUUUCAAUAGAUGUGAAGAAGCACCAUGUAGCUUCCACUUUCAUGGACAAAUUUGCUUAUUGGACAGUCCAAACUCUCAAGUACCCCACCUACCUCUUCUUCCAGAGACGACACAUGUGCCACGCCCUGUUGCUGGAGACGGUGGCGGCGGUGCCGGGGAUGGUAGGCGGAAUGCUGCUGCACUGCAAGUCGCUGCGGCGGUUCGAGCACAGCGGCGGGUGGAUCAAAGCCCUCCUGGAAGAAGCGGAGAACGAGCGGAUGCACCUCAUGACAUUCAUCGAGCUUUCUAAUCCCCAAUGGUACGAGCGCGCCCUCGUCUUCACCGUGCAGGGCCUCUUCUUCAACGCCUAUUUCUUCACCUACUUGGCCUCCCCCAAGCUCGCCCACCGCAUCACCGGAUACCUCGAAGAGGAGGCCGUCAACUCCUACACUGAGUUUCUCAACGACAUAGAGAACGGCAAGUUCGACAACUCUCCGGCGCCGGCGAUCGCCAUCGAUUAUUGGAGGUUGCCGCCGGAUGCUAGGCUCAAAGACGUCAUCACUGUGAUUAGGGCGGAUGAAGCACAUCACCGUGACCUUAAUCACUUUGCCUCGGAUAUACAAUGCCAAGGGCAUGAGCUGAAGGAGUACCCUGCUCCAAUUGGGUAUCAUUAGAUUAACCUUCGGAAAGGGUUAUUAACAUAAUUAAAUUAUUAAAAUGUUAUCUGUCAUGUAUGUUAUUCAUUGUAAAU